UUCAUAUUUAGUUUAGAUAAACCCCUCAAACCCCCCCCCCCCCAAUCAGAACAACUCUGGAUGGAGGUUUCAAUCCCCUGCGCCCAAACCCCUCUUUUCUUUUCUUCCUCUAAAACCCCUCAAACCCUCACUUUCUAUCAGCUCCCUACAAGGCGCAGGCUCAAAAUUAGGGCUUCUUCUUCGUCUGCCAAUCCCGGUGGGUCUGGCUCCAAUGCCUUCUCUUGGCUCCGCCUCGGCUCCCAGAAGUUCUGGUCCAAAUUUGGGGAGUCGGUUAAGAAGGAAACCGGGUUUGAUUUGCAUGAGGCGAAUGUGAGGGUUGGUGAGUUGGUCGGGCGAGUUAACCAAGGGCUCAGGAAGGGCGAGGGUGAAUUCAAUCGGUUACGGACUGAGUUGCUUCCCGAGUUUGUUAGCUGGAACCGGUGGGAUCGUUGGAAGGAUUUAAAAAAUUGGGAGCUCAAACGGAUAACUGCUUUGAUCCUCUAUAUUUUUGUUGCAAUAAUUUCUUGUCAAAAGUUGUAUGCUGUUGUGCGAGCUCCUCAACAAGAUCAAGAAAGAAAACAAUUAACAGAGGCUUAUAUGGAGGCUUUGAUUCCUGAUCCAUCUCCUAAUAAUAUUAGAAAGUUUAAGAAGGGGUUAUGGAGGAAGACAACUCCCAAAGGCCUCAAAUUGAAGAAAUUCAUUGAAGGACCGAAUGGAAUGCUUAUUCACGAUAGUUUUUAUGUUGGAGAAAAUGUGUGGGACGAUGAUCCAGAGUCUUCUAAGGAGAAUGUGAAACAAAUUAUUGACAGUGAUGCACGAUUGAAUGCAGAAGAAAAGGAGGAGCUGAGAAAAGAGUUAGGCAUUUCAGGUGAAGUUCCAGAUAGCAUGGGAACAUGGCGUGACAGGCUUCAAGCUUGGAAAGAGAUCCUGAGAAAGGAAAAGUUAUCUGAGCAAUUAGAUUCCAUAAAUGCCAAGUAUGUGGUUGAAUUUGACAUGAAAGAGGUGGAAAAUAGCCUUCGCAAGGAUGUAGUUGAAAAGGUAACAGAAACACAGGGAACUAGAGCUCUAUGGAUAUCUAAGAGAUGGUGGCGCUAUCGUCCUAAACUACCUUACACUUACUUUCUUCAAAAAAUUGAGUCCUCUGAGGUUGCUGCUGUCGUGUUCACUGAGGACUUGAAAAGAUUGUAUGUAACAAUGAAAGAAGGUUUUCCGUUAGAAUAUAUCGUUGAUAUUCCCCUUGAUCCUCACUUAUUUGAGAUUAUCUCAAGUUCUGGAGUUGAAGUAGACCUCCUUCAGAAGCGACAGAUCCAUUAUUUUAUGAAAGUUGUGAUUGCACUAGUUCCUGGAUUAUUAAUUUUAUGGUUAAUUAGGGAGUCUGCAAUGCUUCUCCAUAUCACUUCUAAGCGUUUUCUUUACAAAAAGUAUAACCAACUCUUUGAUAUGGCUUAUGCGGAAAACUUCAUUCUGCCAGUUGGAGAUGUUGGUGAAACAAAAUCCAUGUACAAAGAAGUGGUAUUGGGUGGUGAUGUCUGGGAUCUUCUUGAUGAGCUGAUGAUUUACAUGGGAAAUCCUAUGCAAUACUAUGAAAAAGGCGUUCAGUUUGUUAGGGGUGUACUUCUCUCUGGACCUCCUGGGACAGGCAAAACACUUUUUGCUAGAACACUAGCUAAAGAAAGUGGGUUGCCUUUUGUUUUUGCUUCUGGUGCAGAGUUUACAGAUAGUGAAAAAAGUGGUGCAGCUAGGAUCAAUGAGAUGUUUUCUAUAGCAAGGAGAAAUGCACCUGCAUUUGUGUUUGUUGAUGAAAUUGAUGCCAUUGCUGGAAGGCAUGCAAGAAAAGAUCCACGCAGAAGGGCAACAUUUGAAGCACUUAUUGCUCAGCUUGAUGGGGAGAAGGAAAAAACUGGUGUUGAUCGGUUUUCACUCAGACAAGCAGUGAUAUUCAUCUGCGCCACCAAUAGGCCAGAUGAAUUGGACCUUGAAUUUGUUCGCCCUGGACGCAUUGAUCGCCGUCUAUACAUUGGUUUGCCAGAUGCAAAGCAACGAGUGCAAAUAUUUGGUGUGCAUAGUGCAGGAAAGCUGCUAGCUGAAGAUGUGAACUUUGAACAGCUUGUAUUUCGCACAGUUGGUUUUUCCGGGGCAGAUAUCCGAAAUCUUGUCAAUGAAGCAGCAAUAAUGUCGGUGAGAAAAGGGCAUUCUAAGAUCUCCCAGCAAGAUAUUAUUGAUGUGUUAGAUAAACAGUUGCUUGAAGGUAUGGGUGUACUCCUUACAGAGGAAGAGCAACAAAAAUGUGAAGCAAGUGUAUCUUUUGAAAAGAAGAGACUUCUGGCUGUUCAUGAAGCUGGGCACAUAGUUUUAGCUCACUUGUUUCCUCGAUUUGAUUGGCAUGCAUUUUCUCAGCUCCUGCCUGGUGGCAAGGAAACGGCAAUAUCUGUAUUCUACCCCCGUGAAGACAUGGUUGACCAAGGUUAUACAACAUUUGGUUACAUGAAAAUGCAAAUGGUGGUAGCCCAUGGUGGACGUUGUGCUGAACGUGUUGUGUUUGGUGAUGACAUAACUGAUGGUGGAAGGGAUGAUUUGGAAAAGAUAACAAAGAUUGCAAGGGAAAUGGUAAUCAGUCCACAAAAUGCAAGGUUAGGGCUUACUCAACUAACCAAAAGAGUGGGGCUGUUAGAUCGACCAGAUAGCCCAGAUGGUGAAUUAAUAAAAUAUAGGUGGGAUGAUCCUCAUGUAAUUCCUUCCAAUAUGACACUUGAAGUAUCUGAGCUGUUUAGUCGAGAGUUGACAAGGUACAUUGAAGAGACUGAAGAGCUUGCAAUAAAUGCUUUGAAAGACAACAGGCACAUACUGGAUAUGAUUGCAAAGGAACUGUUGGAAAAGUCAAGAAUCACAGGAUUGGAAGUUGAGGAGAAAAUUAGGGGGCACUCUCCAGUGAUGUUUGAGGAUUUUGUCAAGCCAUUCCAGAUCAACUUGGAUGAGGAGGGACCUUUGCCUCAUAAUGAUCGCUUACGAUAUCAACCUCUGGACAUAUAUCCUGCUCCCCUUCACAGAUGAUAAUGGUUCCUAAAUUUAAUGACAAAUCGUGGCAUUCAAGACUUAUGGUUGGAUGUCAAGAGGCUAGAUAUCAGCCCCACCUUCCAAAUUUCGGUAUUUGUCUCCUAACUGAGGAAAUUUUGAUGGUUGCUUGGGUUAUUACAUACAAAAAGCGCCUCUGCUCCGUGUGAAAGCUUUGCUUAUUAUGAUGUUCAUGAUCAUGAUUCAAUAAUAUUACUGAAGUCCAUUGAAGCUUUCAUAAUUUCAGAGAUGAGUUGCAGUUUGACUUUUCAACAAAUUAGAAUCUGAAUUGCUAAAAUUGAGUUGAAAGUCCCAAUAUCCAUCUAGCUAGAUGCCACUUCCAAGCAGUUCGUUUCAACAAAGGAAGGUGGAAAUCCAGGAAUUCAGCUGUGUUGUGUGCAAUAAGCAAAGCAUAAUAAUUAUUUUCCUGAACUGUAAUAGUAAUUUCCUCUCCUGAAAAGUUUUGGUCUAUUUCCAUUCAGAUUUAGUUGUGAUUCUUAUUCUUUAGAUCUUUAGAGCAAUUUACAUGCUGAAAAUGAAAAUAUGAAAAGUUGUAUGUUGUUCCUAGCCUUUUUUGAUCCCCUAUUCCAUAAUGUUGUGAACAUAUGAUAAAGGCUAAUAACUUAUUUUUAUAUCGACGAAUUUAUUGCAAA